AGUCCUUUUCCUAUGCCUUCUGCAAGGAGACCAUGAGAAAGGGCCCCUGGAACCCUCCGGCAGCCCUGAGCCCUGGGAUGGAGCCCGAGACAGUGCUGUGGGGCCCGGAUCUGCAGGGUCCUGAGCAGAGCCCCAACCAUGCUUACAAAGGUGCUGAAAGUGGGACUGAGGAGGAGAGCUCUCAGCAGGAAAGUUCGGGGGUGGAGAUCAUCUUGGGAGAUCCAGCUCAGAGUCCAGAAUUCAAGGACCCACCAGAGAUGCCCCUGGAGGGGCCGCCCCCAGAUGCCUCCAUCCCUCAGGACCCCCCAGCCUCCUUGGGUCACCCCGAACCGCUGGGCACCCCAGCCCCUGAGGCAGUCCCCACCCAGUCUGACUGGACCAAGGCCUGUGAGGCCAGCUGGCAGUGGGGGGCUCUGACGGCCUGGAACAGCCCUUCUGGGGUCCCGGCCAGCGAGCCCAGCCUGCGCGAGCUGGUGCAAGGCCGCCCCUCGGGGGCCGAGAAGCCCUACAUCUGCAACGAGUGCGGCAAGAGCUUCAGCCAGUGGUCCAAGCUGCUGCGGCACCAGCGCAUCCACACCGGCGAGCGGCCCAACACCUGCUCCGAGUGCGGCAAGAGCUUCACGCAGAGCUCCCACCUGGUGCAGCACCAGCGCACGCACACGGGCGAGAAGCCCUACAAGUGCCCCGACUGCGGCAAGUGCUUCAGCUGGAGCUCCAACCUGGUGCAGCACCAGCGCACGCACACAGGCGAGAAGCCCUACAAGUGCACCGAGUGCGAGAAGGCCUUCACGCAGAGCACCAACCUCAUCAAGCACCAGCGGUCCCACACCGGCGAGAAGCCCUACAAGUGCGGCGAGUGCCGGCGGGCCUUCUACCGCAGCUCCGACCUCAUCCAGCACCAGGCCACCCACACGGGCGAGAAGCCCUACAAGUGCCCCGAGUGCGGCAAGCGCUUCGGCCAGAACCACAACCUCCUCAAGCACCAGAAGAUCCACGCGGGCGAGAAGCCAUACCGCUGCACCGAGUGCGGCAAGAGCUUCAUCCAGAGCUCGGAGCUGACGCAGCACCAGCGCACGCACACGGGCGAGAAGCCCUACGAGUGCCUCGAGUGUGGCAAGAGCUUCGGCCACAGCUCCACCCUCAUCAAGCACCAGCGCACGCACCUCCGCGAGGACCCCUUCAAGUGCCCAGUGUGCGGCAAGACCUUCACGCUGAGCGCCACGCUGCUGCGGCACCAGCGCACGCACACAGGCGAGCGUCCCUACAAGUGCCCCGAGUGCGGCAAGAGCUUCAGCGUCAGUUCCAACCUCAUCAACCACCAGCGCAUCCACCGCGGCGAGCGGCCCUACAUCUGCGCCGACUGCGGCAAGAGCUUCAUCAUGAGCUCCACCCUCAUCCGCCACCAGCGCAUCCACACCGGCGAGAAGCCCUACAAAUGCUCCGACUGCGGCAAGAGCUUCAUCCGCAGCUCCCACCUCAUCCAGCACCGGCGCACCCACACCGGCGAGAAGCCCUACAAGUGCCCGGAGUGCGGCAAGAGCUUCAGCCAGAGCUCCAACCUCAUCACCCACGUGCGCACGCACAUGGACGAGAACCUCUUUGUCUGCACCGACUGCGGGAAGGCCUUCCUGGAGGCGCACGAGCUGGAGCAGCACCGGGUCAUCCACGAAAGGGGCAAGACCCCCGCCCGCCGCGCUCAGGGGGACGCCUUGCUGGGGCUCGGGGACCCCGCCCUGCUGACCCCGCCGCCCGGGGCCAAACCUCACAAGUGUCUGGUCUGCGGAAAGGGCUUCAACGACGAGGGCAUCUUCAUGCAGCAUCAGAGGGUCCACAUUGGAGAAAACCCCUACAAGAAUUCAGACGGGCUCAUUGCCCACCCGGCCCCCAAACCGCCUCAGCUCAGACCCCCGAGGCUCCCCUUUGGAGGGAAUUCCUAUCCAGGGGCCGCCGAGGGCCGAGCCGAACCCCCAGGACAGCCCUUUAAAGUGCCCGAGGGUCAGGAGGGCUUCGGCCAGAGGCUGGGGCUGCUCACCUCCAAGUCCUACAUCUGCUCCCACUGUGGAGAAAGCUUUCUAGAUCGCUCUGUGCUUCUCCAACACCAGCUCACCCACGGCAGUGAGAAGCCUUUUCUCUUCCCCGAUUAUAGGAUUGGCCUCGGGGAAGGGGCGGGGCCCAGUCCCUUCCUAAGCGGGAAGCCCUUUAAGUGCCCCGAAUGCAAAAAAGGUUUUGGGCUCAGCUCUGAGCUCCUGCUGCAUCAAAAAGUCCAUGCAGGCAGUAAACCCCAGAAGAAUCCCGAGCUGGGGAAGAGCUCCUCUGUCCUCCUGGAGCAUCUCAGGAGCCCCUUGGGGGCCAGGCCCUACAACUGCUCCGAUUGUGGGGCCUCCUUCCUCGAUCGCAGGGCCCUCGGCCGGCACCAGGAGACUCACACCCAGGAAGAGACUCCCAGGCCUGAGGACCCCCUUCCAGAGCCAGCCACCCUGUCCACAACCCAGGAAGGUGAGGGGGAGGCCCCCACCCCCACAGGGAGCAGCAGCCAUGGGAAGGGGGAAGACCCAAAAACCUCCUUGGAAGAAAAGCCCUACGUGUGCCCCGAGUGUGGAGAUGGCUUCACAGAAGUCGCAGCCCUCCUCCUCCACAGGAGCUGCCACCCGGGGGUCUCCCUGUGAUAUGGGUCUGGAGACCAGGGGGUCUGUCUCUCUCUCCUGAGAAGAACACCAGAUCCCCAAAAAAGAGUAUGCGGUAAAAGGAGGAAACCCCGAUCAUAUGGUAGAGGAUGUGGAGGAUAGAGAACCUGGGGGAGAAGUGCUUUUGCAUCAGUGAUCAGAAGCCCUAUCAAAUUGUUGGGGGGAACCACUUACAGAGAGCAGUAAAGAAAAACUGUUGGGUUAGAAACCCUAUAAAUAUGUAGGAAAAAAAAAAGCCCUUUAAGUCUAGGAAAAAAACCCUAUGAAACAUAGUGGAUAAAAGCCCUAUUAAUUGUAGGAAGAGGUCCCAAUAUGUCUCUAGACAACCCUAUAAAACUGUUAUCAAAAUCCUUGUACAAUGAUAGGGUUGGGGAGGUGCAGGGAACACAGCCAUGGCGUUGCUGAGAGGGGCAGGCCGCAGAAGGUGCAGGAAAAACGUCCCGUAAACCUUGGUGUCCUUGGACAAAUUACGCUGAGGAAUACACGCAUCUGGGCAGUGGUGUGGAGUUUGGGUGGAAGUGGAAAAGGAGGAGAAAAACCAGAGAAAAAUAGUCGAGUGGGCAGGAAAGGAUGAGAAAUAAGACAGGGACUAGUGAAAGGCCAGCUCGUGGCAUGGGGGUUCCUUGGAGGUCAAAGGUCAAUCUUAGAUGAAUUAUGUGUGUUAGGGGAAGGGGCCCAUCCAGUUCCUUAUCAAAAAGAAGCCAAAAAUGGGGAAGGGAAAAAAAAACUCUAUGGCAAGCUUUUUUAAAGACUGAUGUUUGGGGUGCAGAAAAACUUUCAAGGUGAGAAUACUGGGAAACCACUACAAAAAUUAGUGGGAAUUUCUGUUGGAUGGCUUUGAGGGAAGCAGGCCGAGGUGGAGAAACUGUUCAGAUGGACCCCAGCAAAUUGCAGGCCUCCCAGUCCUCCCUGUUUCCAGAAGCUUGUUAAACUGCAAGUGCAAGCAAGAGCCCAGCUCAGGAUUCUCCCGGUGCAGGCAGGACUGCCCCUCCCCCAGCCCAGCUGGGGCUUCCACCUUCCACAUUCUCAGGUCUCACUGUCAGGAGGGUUUUCCUGCCAUCUAUUGUGCUGGCAGCCCGUUCCCUCAGAUUCUUGGCUGCUGUUUGACCUCCAAAGAAUAAAGCCUUUCAGAGACUCAAGGCCUGGGGGGUGCGGGCCUCCCUGGACUUCUCUUCCAUGAGUCAGCCAGAGCCAUGUGCGUGUUCUCUGUGGCACCAAGGGACAGCCAGCGGCAGAAUCAGAAGCUUUGAGCAGCCAGCCACCUGAUUUUAAACCUUGGUUGUUCCUCAGAGGUGUUGGCAAGGCAGGCCGCGGGAUGAGCUGGCCUGCAUGUGGUGGUGGGUGUCCAGACACCCCACAGACUGGACUGUGGGUGGUCCCUCAAGGGUGCUCAGCCUGCUACCGGGAGCCAGCUGAGGCAGGGGUGACCCAGCCCAAUUGUAGGAUCGUGGCCUUGGGAGGGGACAGGUCCCAACCACUCAGCUCCUCUCCUCCUUAGCCAGAGGAAAACAGAAGAAAAGAGAAAUUUGGCUCCCCUGCCAGGCCCGACUUCUGCCCUCACAUGCCACCCAGUUGUCUGCUGUCAUAAAUUCAGCCAAACCCACUGUCACUGCCGGGUGCAUGUGGCCGGGGAAGGAGACUGUGGCCUGUGAAAUGGUUGAAGAGAGGAAACUUAAGAGUCUCCAGUGCUGGGUUUGAAAGGAAGUGCCCACUGACCUCACACUGGCAUCAGCAAUGCACUCUGGGCCUGGAGUAGGAGAACGAAGAUCUCGGGGUGAGGUGGCUCUUCGGGAGUCUCAUCCCCAGGGAGAGUGGCCUGGAUUCCUACACAGCUACGGAAGACUUCUCAUUCUAUUACCUACCAGUUCAGAUGGUGAAUGUUCUUCACCCCUCAUCUAUCCUGCCCCCAAAGGGAUGCAACUCAAAUUUAAAAGGAUCAAAAUCUAGACAAUUAUGGGAGAAAAAGCCCAGGCCUGUUGGGGAGAGGGACCAGGCAGGCCUUACGUGGUCAUGGGGAGAAGUCCCCCACCCAAAUGCCAGGUAGGAAAGCACUGCCACGCAGGGAGGAGGAACCUGCCUGCUGGGUCUCUGCCAAAAGGAACUUUGACAAAGGGGGUAUCCCCUAUAAGACUGAGCAAGAGGAGAUGAGUCCUCCGAGUCUAAGCAGAUUUUUUUUUCUCUAAGGUGGCAGCAGAAAGAAACUUAAGUUGUAGAGACAGACCCCUUGUAAAGCUAGAAGCAGAUCUGCUUGAAACAGGUCGGAGGAAUCUGUCCCCAGAAGAGGGUCCUGGGGGCAGAACUCUGGAGCUGAGGCUCGGAGGGGGAGGUGGGCAGUGUAGUUGGAGGCCAAGUGUAGGCCCCUUGAGGGCUGGGGUGUAGCUUACGUAGUAGGAUGCUCGCAUGUCGUAGGGAUGGGUGAGGGCUAGAGGUCUCGGCUCCGGUACUGAAUGGGUGAUUUAGACACGAUUCCUUGGGGUCUGGGGUUUCACAGCAGGAAAGGGGCAGAGUCGGAGACCUUUGGGUGUAGACUGGUCUCUUACUCCCUCCUCCUCUUCCAGCUCAUUCAGCCAGGUGCUUCCCUCCCGGAGCAAGCUGCAUUCUGUUGGGAGGAACUAAGGGAGCUGGGGGUGGGGUGGGGUGGGCAGAGAGGUGGCCCACCACGUGGGUGGCAGCAUCGAGAGUUCCUCUGACCCGCUCAGGCCAAGGCCAGGAGCUGCACUCUCGCUCCCAGAACUGAGUCUGGAAGGCAGGGUGCCACCGUCCCCUCUCCUCCAGCUCCAAAGCUCUUGAUCCCCCAGAAGUGCCCGGUGGGGGAGCCCAGAGUGGGGGUGGGGGUGGGGGUCAGGGAGUCAUUGGUAAACGCAGAACGGAGAGUGGAAACUGAUCUGAGCUUAGGGUAAAACUUGAAACUGCUCUGGCUAUGGAGGUCAGAUGGGAACUCUAAAGAACUGGGCAUGCAUCCUGAAUGUGGGGUUCCAUGACAACCCCUACUGAGAUGAGCAGCCCCCCAGACUCCUUUGCCCCCACUAGGGCAGCCCCACGCACCUGAGUUGCCCCCCUAGUGCAAAGAGAGGCCCCACCUUUGAGUGUUGUGUGUCAAUACCAGUGUCGUGUCACCGGUGGUCAUGUUGAUUAGUUGAAGAGAAUAAAGGGAAUAAGAUUU